GGAUGGAGGGAGUCCGCUAGUCCAUAGGAAGGACACGAAGGACCUGUUUGGAACGAAUUGAUGACUGAUAAGAUAUAGGGGCCUGCUCUCCAAUACAAUGGGGAAGUGUUGUACCCAGGAACAUAGAUCUCUGUGGCACUGGGAGAUAUGAUUGACAGAUGGACCUGGAGGGACCAUCGUCGUACAUAGAUGAAGGGAUUGAUGGAUGGAUGAACAGGUAACCCCCGAGGAGGAGGGUCCUGUCACUGUCUCUACCAACACGACAGCCCAGAAAGGUCCAGAGAGCCACAAGCCUAUGAAGACUCGCAGUGAAUCAAAGUGCUGCAAUGAAUUAGGAGAGAGUGCCUGGAUGAGAGCGGAUGCAGGGGUUUCUCAUGGCCUCACAUAGAAUGGUCUCACUUACUUAGAAUGAAUUGUCAAAGCUUCUUUCGGAAGUGUUAAUCCUAAUUUAACUGUCUGCAAACAAGCAAACAGAUAAAGAAUCAGAUUAAGUGAAUAAUACCAUUUGGUUUUAUCAACAUAAAGCUGAAACCCAGCCAUGCUCAGGUUAUGCUUCAUAUACUAUACUGAACAAAAAUAUAAGCGCAACAUGCAAGAAUUUCAAAGAUCUUACUGAGCUACAUUUCCAUUUGACCUCAUUUCUGCCAGCAUGUUAAAUGUGCAACCAAAGGGAAAAAAACUAUUGACCACCUUUACUCCACACACAGAGACGUGUACAAAACUCUCCUUCGCCCUCCAUUUGGCAAAUCUGACCAUAAUUCUAUCCUCCUGAUUCCUGCUUACAAACAAAAACUAAAGCAGGAAGCACCAGUAACUCGGUCAAUAAAGAAGUGGUCAGAUGACGCAGAUGCAAAGCUACAGGGCUGUUUUUCUAGCACAGACUGGAAUAUGUUCUGGGAUUCUAUCGAUGGCAUCGAUGGCAUUGAGGACUACACCACAUCAGUCACUGACUUCAUCGAUAAAGUCGUUCCCACAGUGACCACACGUACAUACCCCAACCAGAAGCCAUGGAUUACAGGCAACAUGCACACUGAGCUAAAGGGUAGAGCUGCCGCUUACAAGGAGCGGGACUCUAACCCUGAAUCUUAUAAGAAAUCCUGCUAUGCCCUCUGACAAACCAUCAAACAGGCAAAGUGUCAUUAAACAGGUCAACAUUCACAAGGCCGCAGGGCCAGAUGGAUUACCAGGACGUGUACUCCAAGCAUGUGCUGACCAACUGGCAAGUGUCUUCACUGACAUUUUAAACCUCUCCCUGUCUGUAAUACCAACAUGUUUCACGCAAACCAGCAUACUUCCUGUGCACAAGAACACUAAGGUAACCUGCCUAAAUUACUACUGACCCGUAGCACUCAUAUCUGUAGCCAUGAAGUGCUUUGAAAGGCUGGUCAUGGCUCACAUCAACACCAUCAAACCCUAGACCCACUCCAAUUUGCAUACCAACAGAUCUACAGAUGAUGCCAUCUCUAUUGCACACUGCCCUUUCACACCUGGACAAAAGGAACACCUAUGUGAGAAUGCUGUUCAUAGACUAAAAUUCAGCGUUCAACACCAAAGUGCCCUCAAAACCCAUCACUAAGCUAAGGACCCUGGGACUAAACACCUCCCUCUGCAACUGGAUCCUGGACUUUAUGACGGGCCGCACCCAGGUGGUAAGGGUAGGCAACAACAUCUGCCACGCUGAUCCUCAACACGGGAGCCCCUCAGGGGUGCGUGCUCAGUCCCCUCCUGUACUCCCUGUUCACUCAUGACUGCAUGGCCAGGCACGACUCCAACACCAUCAUUAAACUUGCCGAUGACACAACAGUGGUAGGCCCGAUCACCGACAACGACGAGACAGCCUAUAGGGAGGAGGUCAGAGACCUGGCCAUGCGGUGCCAGGACAACAGCCUCUUCCUCAACGUGAUCAAUACAAUUGUGGACUACAGGAAAAGGAGGACUGAGCACGCCCCCAUUCUCAUCGAAGGGGCUGUAGUGGAGCAGGUUGAGAGCUUCAAGUUGCUUGGUGUCCACAUCACCAACAAACUAACAUGGUCCAAGCACACCAAAACAGUCAUGAAGAUGGCACGACAAAACCUAUUCCCCCUCAGGAGACUGAAAAGAUUUGGCAUGGGUCCUCAGAUCCUCAGUAGGUUCUACAGCUGCACCAUCGAGAGCAUCCUGACUGGUUACAUCACUGCCUGGUAUGGCAGCUGCUCGGCCUCCGACCGCAAGGCACUACUGAGGGUAGUGUGCACAGCCCAGUGCACCACUGGGGCCAAGCGUCCUCCCAUCCAGGAACUCUAUACCAGGAAGUGUCAGCGGAAGGCCAGCCACUCCAGCCACCCUGGUCAUAGACUGUUCUCUCUGCUACCGCAUGGCAAGCGGUACCGGAGCGGACUCCUGAACAUUUAAUCAAAUGGCUACCCAGACUAUUUGCAUUGCUCCCCCCUUUUACGCUGCUGCUACUCUCUGUUUAUUAUCUAUGCAUAGACACCUUAAUAACUCUACCUAUAUGUACAUAUUACCUCAAUUACCUCAACUAACCGGUGCCCCCGCACAUUGACUCUGUACAGGUGCUCCCUGUAUAUAGCCUCGCUAUUGCUAUUUUACUGCUGCUCUUUAAUUAUUUGUUACUUUUUAUUUCUUAUUCUUUUUGGGGGGAAUUUGUUCUCAAAACUGCAUUUUUUGUUAAGGGCUUGUAAGUAAGCAUUUCACUGUAAGGUGAAAUUGUAUUGCAUGUGACAAACAUAUGUUGUAUUCGGUACAUGUGACAAAUAAAAUUUGAUUUGAUUUGAAUGAAAUCAGUGAAUUGAAAUAUGUUCAUUAGGCCCUAAUCUAUGGAUUUCACAUGACUGGGAAUACAAAUAUGUAUGUUGGUCAAAGAUACCUUAUAAAAAAGAUAGGGGCGUGGAUCAGAAAAGCUGUCGGUAUCUGGUGAGACCAUCAUUUUACUCACGCAGCACGACACAUCUCCUUCGCAUAGAGUUGAUCUGGCUGUUGAUUUGUGGCCUGCGGAAUGUUGCCCACUCAUUUUCAUUGGGUGUGUGAAUUUGCUGGAUAUUGGCGGGCACUGGAACUCGCUGUCGUACACGUCAAUCAAGAGCAUCCCAAAAAAUGCUCAAUGGGGGACAUGUCUGGUGAGUAUGCAGGCCAUGGAAGAACUGGGACAUUAUCAGCUUCCAGGAAUUGUCUACAGGAUGGGGCAGUGCAUCAUCAUGAUGAAACAUGAGGUGAUGGCGACGGAUGACUGGCACGACAAUGGGCCUCAGGAUCUCGUCUCGUCACGGUAUCUCUUUGCAUUCAAGUUGCCAUCAAUAAAAUGCAAUUGUGUUUGUUGUCUGUAGUUUAUGCCUGCACAUACCAUAACCCCACCGUCACCAUGAGGCCCUCUGUUCACAACCUUGACAUCAGCAAACCGCUCGCCCCCACAUAACACAAUACAUGCUGUCUGUCAUCUGCCCGGUACAAUUGAACCCGGAAUUAAUUGGUAAAGAGCACACUUCUCCAGUGUUCCAGCUGCCAUUGAAGGUGAGCAUUUGCCCACUGAAGUCGGUUACGACACCGAACUGCAGUCAGGUCAAGACGCUGGUGAGGACAAUAAGCAUGCAGGUGAGCUUCCCUGAGACUGUUUCUGACAGUUUGUGCAGAAAUUCUUCGGUUGUGCAAACCCACAGUUUCAUCAGCUGUUCGGGUGGCUGGUCUCAGACUAUCCCGCAGGUCAAGAAGCCAGAUGCGGAGGUCCUGGUCUGGCGUGGUUUCAGUUGUGAGGCCGGUUGGACGUACUGCCAAAUUCUCUAAAACGACGUUGGAGGCGGCUUAUGGCAAAUAAAUUAACAUUCAACUAUCUGGCAACAGCUCUGGUGGACAUUCCUGCAGUCAGCAUGCCAUUUGCACGUGCCAUUAAAACUUGAGACAUCCGUGGCAUUGUGUUGUGUGACAAAACUGAAAAUUUUAGAGUUUACUUUUAUUGUCCCCAGCACAAGGUGCACCUGUGUAAUAAUAAUGCUGUUUAAUCAGCUUCUUGAUAUGCCACACCUGAUAUGCCACAGUUCUCACUAAUAGGGAUGUAAACAAAUGUGUGCAAAAAAAUUGAGAGAAACAAGCGUUUAGUGCAUUUGGAACAUUUCUGUGAUCUUCUAUUUCAGUAUAUGAAACAUGGGACCAAGAGUUUACAUUUUGAUUUUAUAUUUUUGUUCAGUGUAUAUAGUGAAAAAAUAAUAAAAUAAUAGCACAACUAUCUCUGAUGUACUGUGUAGUAGUGCACUUCAUCUCUACGUACAGUGCAUUCUGGAAGUAUUCAGACCCCUUUACUUUUUCCACAUUUGUUAUGUGGAAUUAUGUUACAGGCUUAUUCUAAAAUGGAUUAAAUAAUAAAUGUCAAUCUAUACACAAUACCCUAUAAUGAGAAAGCAAAAACAGGUUUUUAGAAAUGUUUUCAAAUGUAUAAAAAAAAUAUAUAUAUAAUAAAUACCUUAUUUACAUAAGUAUUCAGACCCUUUGCUAUGAGACUCGAAAUUGAGCUCAGGUGCAUCCUGUUUCCAUUGAUCAUCCUUGAGAUGUUUCUACAACUUGAUUGGAGUCCACCUGUGGAAAAUGUAAUUGAUUGGACAUGUUUUGGAAAAGCACACACCUGUAUAUAUAAGGUCCCACAUUUGACAGUGCAUGUCAGAACAAAAACCAAGCCAUGAGGUCUAAGGAAUUGGCUGUGCAGCGAUGCUCCCCAUCCAACCUGACAGAGCUUGAGAGGAUCUUCAGAGAAGAAUGGGAGAAACUCCCCAAAUACAGGUGUACCAAGCUUGUAGCAUCACACCCAAAAACACCUGAGGCUGUAAUCGCUGCCAAAGGUGCUUCAACAAAGUACUGAGUAAAACGUUUUUUUUAAAACAUAUUUUGCAUUCUUAUUAUGGGGUUUUUAGUGUAGAUUGAUGAGGAAACAUAACAAUUUAAUACAUUUUAGAAAAAGGCUGUAACCUAACAAAAUGUGGAAAAAGUUAAAGGGGUCUGAAUAUUUCCAAAGGUAUUUAUUUAAUAAACGUAUCUGCCUGCUUUUAUAUUGUUCUCUCCUGUCUGUAGAAUGCCUACUGUUGUGUGUUUAUGCUGGUGUUAAUCUGUAUGGAAGCUAUACGUACUGUAUAUAUUGUAGUGUGCGUCUGUGUGUACAGAUUAAAAGGUGUGGUACAGUAAUUGACAAGGACACUGAUCCGGUGGCUAGAUUAGGUCAGUGUGGGUGGAAACUAGGAAUGAGGGACAGCUAUUCCUGAACUGGAGAAUAUACUCUGUAGAUAUAUAUAUAUAUAUAUAUAGACCAAUAUUUUUCUGUC